AUUACAGUCAAACUACAACUUCAAGCAGAAGAGAGAGGGGUUGUGUCUAUCAAAGGAGUAUGUGCGAACCGUUACCUUGCUAUGAAGGAAGAUGGAAGAUUGCUGGCUUCUAAAUGUGUUACAGACGAGUGUUUCUUUUUUGAACGAUUGGAAUCUAAUAACUACAAUACCUACCGGUCAAGGAAAUACUCCAGUUGGUAUGUGGCACUGAAACGAACUGGGCAGUAUAAACUUGGAUCCAAAACAGGACCUGGGCAGAAAGCUAUACUUUUUCUUCCAAUGUCUGCUAAGAGCUGAUUUUAAUGGCAGCGUUUAAUCUCAUUUCAUAUGAAAGAAGUAUAUUUUAGAAAUUUGUUAAUGAGAGAAAAAGAAAAUAAAUGUGUACAGCUCA